GAGCCCGGAACUUUACUGCAGGUAGAAAUGGAGACUUCCCAAAGUGGAUAAUUCAACAAUGUCCAGCUCAGUCAGUCAUCUACAUGUGCCGUUUCCGAUCGGUUACAUCUACAGUACUGAGCCGGACAGUGGUAGAAACGGGUUUGGUGUCCAAGAGUGGCCAGAUGGGUCGAGGUACGAGGGAGAGUUUAAGAAUGACUUGAAACACGGAGUGGGUGUUUACUCUUGGCCUAAUGGAGAGAUCUAUAAAGGUUCCUUCUACAAAGACUAUCGCCAUGGUAAGGGCACCUAUACCUGGCCUGACGGCUCCAAGUUCUCUGGGAAAUUUUAUUUGAAUCGGAAAGAGGGUUAUGGCGUCCAGCUCUUACCAGACAGCUCAUUCUUCAAGGGGCUCUAUCACGCAGAUGAGCGUUUCGGACCAGGUGUGCUCACCUAUGCGGAUGGCCGGCAGGACGCAGGGCUUUGGCAUCGCUGUCGGCUGCUCAGCCUCUGCACCACGCUGAAGGACGCCUUCAGCCUCAGGUCCCUCCCAGACUUCCAGUCCCAACAGAGUCGGGUGCGGACGGGCAGUAGACUCCAGGGGGACCCCCAGACCCUGCAUCCAGAGCCCCCCAAAUCAUCCACGGUGUGCAAGGACCCGCUGGUGUUCUCGCCAGAGGAGAUGCUGAAGGACGAGCGCUUCAUUCUGCCCCCCGACACUCUCCGCUACGCCACUGACCCCGACCACCUGCCCCUGCCCCCACGCCUCAGGAGGCAGCUGGAUGAGCUCUUCUUCAGCAGCAGCAGGCCGGAGGUUCCCGCACACACACAGGUGUACACUCACACAUAUGGGAAUACCAGCUGUCUGCCACUACAGGAACGCAUGCAGGAGCACAUCAACAGACACAGGUUUGAAGUGGAAGAUGUUGACUGGGACGUAGGGGCAGUCUUGUCCAUGCGCAGAGAGGUGUUUGGCCCUAAGGGGCCCCUGGAGCUGGGCUCGGAGCGGCUCAUUAAGGAGGCGGCGCGGGGGGAUCCCCAGACUGUUUACCACAUUCUCAGGGACGGAAAGAUCCACCCUGAUGUGGGGGACGCACAAGGCCACACUCCUCUUCUUGCUGCUACGGUGAACUGCCAUAAUGAGGUGAUCAACAUGCUCCUGGACAGCGGUGCCAACGUGAACAAGCUGAACGCAGAGGGCAUGUCGGCGCUGGCCGUGUGCCACGUGCUCUACUACCCCGCCAGCUCACUCCACACCACCGUGGCGGAGCUCACGCUCCACAGAGACUCGCCUCACUCACUUACCGGGUCAGUGCCGAAGUCUCCACAAGCUGAUGAGCAAGAAGAUGGGGCUAGUAAAAGCUCAACCAGCCCUGUCCCUCAGAAGACUGUGUCACCUGAUCAGAGUCAUUCAGCCAAUGAGGAGGCAGCAGCCCCAGGGCCCACACAGGCUGACCAGGGUGAAGCUCCACCCCUCAGUUCACCAGAAACGGGGGAGGUAUCAGAAGGGGAGGUACUUAUGAAUAAGAAUCUCAAAGUUCAGUGCGAAUAUUCAGAGAAUGAGGGACUUGGGAAUGAACAGAGGGAAGAGCCUGAACAGGAAGCAUCUGACUCUGAGGGUCAUCCGAGGGAGGAGUCUAAACAGGAAACAUCUGACAUUGCGGGGCCUCAGAGGGCGGAGCUUAAACAGGAAACAUCUGACACUGAGGGACUCCAAGGGGAGGAGUCUAAACAGGAAACAUGUGACAUUGAGGGGCCUCAAGGGAAGGAGUCUAAACAGCAAACAUCUGACAUUGAGGAACCUCAAGGGGAGGAGUCUAAACAGCAAACAUCUGACAUUGAGGAACCUAAAGGGGAGGAGUCUAAACAGCAAACAUCUGACAUUGAGGAACCUAAAGGGGAGGAGUCUAAACAAGAAACAUCUGACAUUGAGGGGCCUCAAGGGGAGGAGUCUAAACAGGAAACAUCUGGCAUUGAGGAACCUCAAGGGGAGGAGUCUAAACAGCAAACAUCUUACAUUGAGAAACCUCAAGGGGAGGAGUCUAUAGAUAAGGGGUCUGAUGGGGAGAAGUGUGUAAAAUUUACUGUAAAUGAAGCAUCAGAGAAGGAGGGGCCUCUAAGUGAAGCAUCGGAGAGGAAGGAGCUUAUAAAUGAGUCUGAGACAGGGGAGCCUCUGACUGAAAAGUCCGCCACGAUUGGUCUGGGCGAGGAGCCAGCACUGUCCAAUGGAGGCACUGCAGGCGGUCAUGUGACCUUUGACCCUCAAAGCCCUGAGCAGCGUGUGGCCAGUGACUCUGUGGCAUCACUGGCCAGCUUCCAGAUUGCCGUAUCAAGGGAGGCGCUGGACCAGGCUGCAGAGGCCCUGUGCCAUUCAGGGCUGCUGCCAGCAGAGGGCACUCAGGAGACCGUCCACAAGAUUGCCCUCGCCAAAACGCAGCGCAGUGAGCGGUGGGCCACUCUGCGGCUGCUGCUGUCCAGGGGGGCGGAUCCCAACGCCUCGCGGGUGCCCAUGCCCGUCCUCUUCCUGGCCAUCAAGGCAGAGCACACACACGCCGUGCAGCUGCUGCUGGAGGCAGGAGCACGCACAGACAUCUGCCUGCCCCCUGAGCUGAAUGGUCUGUAUCCGCUGCAUGUGGCAGCUGGUCUCCCGGGAGACGAGGGUCCGCGGAUCACUGAGCUGCUGCUGCAUGCCGUGGCGGACCCUGACGUUCAGGCGCAGGACACACACGUGCUCUUUGAGCUGGACAAGAACACGCCUGAUCCCCAGGGAGGAUCUGGGCCCAGAGCUGGUGGCGUGUCUGGGGUGCCACCUCAGGGCCCGGGCACUGCCAGCGCAGACAGGGGACGCACGCCGCUCCACAUCGCAUGCCAGAGGCACCAGGACCACCAGAAUGCCAGAGAUGCAGUGUGUGUUCUGCUGUCUCAUAAAGCCAGCACUAGUCUGCUGUGGAGUGGACACUCUCCCCUCUCCCUGGCUAUCGCCAGCGGCAACGACCUGGCCGUGGAUGUGCUGCUGGCAUCAGGGGCCGACCCCAACCUUCCUCUGUCCUGCAGGGUGGGCAGUGCCCUCUGUGCCAACGCCAACAUCGCCUAUGACUCUGGGACUCACUCCUGCAACAGAAUCCUACUGUUGGAGAAGCUGAUUAAAGCAGGUGCGGACAUCCUGAUGCCCAUCUUGAUUGGCGAGGGGCGAAGAUGCGUGAUGGGCACAGCUGUGGAUUAUGCCUACUGCUCAUUCAACCAGGACUGGCGUAUAGCCCAUACUCCAUACCACGCACUCAACCCACGGGAGCAGUAUUAUGAUUGUGCCCAUACUCCAUACCACGCACUCAACCCACGGGAGCGCGAGACCUUGAACGUCCGGCGGCAGCUGCUGAGCAUCAUGGGAGAACUGCUGAGAAAGGCAGCGACCAGGAACCAACAGGCCACUCUGGAGAUGCAGACUCUGGGGCAGCAGUGUGUUUCAGAUUCAGAUCGUUGUGCAUCAACAGUUAUGUACAACGGAGCUCACGCAUCAGAGGAGAACACCAGCUCAGGAUCGAUCAGGAAGCAGGGGGGGUUUAAGUACUGCUACCAGUGUGGCCGCUCCGUGGGUGUGGUGCUGGUGGCCUGCAGCCGCUGCCAUGAGGUGUUCUACUGCAGCAAGACCUGCAAGAUGAAGGCCUGGAACGACCGGCACAAGGAAGAGUGUGUGCGGGUGCAAGGUCAAGAUCACAGUGACCCUAGCGACACACUGGAGAAUGUCCCCCAGAGAGAAAUCACAGGCGUCACUAAGAAGGCUUCAGUGAAGAUCCCAGAGCAGCCGUCCCUCAUCACCCAGAUGCAGGAACACUUCAAGCAGAAGAUGAUCACGGAGAAGAGAAACAAAAAACGGAAGGCGCUGGCUCAGAAGUGGGCCGAUAAACGGCACGCCUCAGGGGACCAGUCCAGGGGCCGGAGAACGGGAGCCAAUAAGGGUCCGCGCGGCCUGUCCAAGCAGCCUCCAAAGACCCCGACGUACGCCCCCACAGAGAACUACAGCUACAUUUAGUCACACCGCUAAUAAAGCUCCCAUUUGUGCCCAGCCAUGUUUGUUCUCACAUGAAUCUGAGAGUUAGGUAGGUUGAAACCUAGCCUGAUCUGCCCGUGAUUUAGAUUUCGCCCUGCAGUUCAGGCUGGAAACCUGCACAUCUGUCUGGAAACUCCUGCUUACUGUCCACAUUUGCCGGGUCCAAUCACAAACUAGCUCAUCCAAAAGGCGCAUCCGGAUCGUUGGUCUAAUUGGCUGAAGGACUAUCCAAAUGCGUACGUUUAAAAUGAGUCAUUUGAACUAUGCCUGUUGAUCAUGCCUCUUGUGCCGUAGACUAGUUCUGUCAGUCUUGUGACAUGUUGUGUCAUCUUUGGCCCUCAAAGUCCUAAUACAAUAGGCUGU